AUGGCCACCUUCGACGUCGAAGCCGAUAGAGCCAAAUUCCCAGCUCUAAAGGAGGACCAGGUCUUCCUCGACAACGCGGGCGGAAGCCAGAUACUAGGUACCGUCAUCGAAGCUAUAAGCGACUACCUCAUCAAGAGCAACGUCCAAUUUGGAGGCGGUUAUAAAACCAGCAAGGCAUCGAGCUCUCGCUACGACGACGGCGUAACCGCCGGGGCUAAGUUCCUCAAUGCGGAGAAGGACGAGAUUGCCUUCGGCCCCUCAGCCACGCAGCUCCUGCGCAACCUAUCAUUCACGCUCCCCUUCCAGCCCGGCGACGAAAUCAUCGUGUCAUCAAUCGACCACGAGGCCAACAUCGCGCCGUGGAAAGACCUCGCCAGCCGGUUAAACAUCGAGCUCAAGUGGUGGACACCCCAAGCCACCACCAGCACCAGCACCAGCACCAGCACCAACCCGCGGCUCCUUCCCGCAGACCUAAAACCCCUAUUAUCCCCCAAGACGCGACUAGUAACAUGCACGCACGCGAGCAACGUGCUAGGCUCGAUCCACGACAUCAAAGCCAUAGCAGACGCGGUGCACUCGGCCGUGCCAACGGCGCUCCUGUGCGUCGACGGCGUGGCGUAUGCGCCGCACCGCCCCGUCGACGUCAAGGCCCUCGGCGUCGAUUUCUACGUCCUGUCGUGGUACAAGGUGUACGGGCCGCACGUCGCGAUGCUGUACGGGAGUCGCCGCGCGCAGGAGCAGAUGCGUACGCUGGGGCACUUUUUCAACCCGGAUGCUACGCUUGAGAAUAAGAUUAGUCUUGGAAGCGGGCACUACGAACUAGUACAAUCCAUCCCCCCCAUCGUCGACUACAUCGCCCCCUCCUCCCCCUCCUCCCCCAGCAGCCUAUGGCCCAGCAUCGCACACCACGAAUCGCAGCUUCAAUCAACACUCCUAGCCUACCUGACCUCCCAGCCCGAAAAAUUCACCAUAUACGGCGAGCCCAGCGCGGACGGAGCCGUACGCCUGCCGACGGUGAGUUUCGUCGUCGCGGGCUGGGACUCGCGGGUCCUGGUCGAGACGCUGGAGCGCAGCACCAACUACGGCUUCCGCUGGGGCGCCUUCUACUCCCACGCGCUGGUGCGCGAUUUCUUGGGCCUGGGGCCCGCCGGCGUGGUUAGGGUUAGCAUGGCGCAUUAUAAUACGCUGGAGGAGAUAAAGGGGUUUAUUGAGGCGCUGGAUGGGGUUAUAUCGAAAACGGCUUAA